AGUUCACCGUCCGGCCAGCGGCGGCAGCACUGAGUGAGGUUCAGGUGGGACUCACCUGCUGUCUGACUCUUCAUUUUUUUUUUUUUAAAUUCUCUGGUUUUUCUGUUCUCCUGGAGUAGGUGUGAAUGCUCCUGACAGACAGUGUGAGGAUUCACUCCAGCAGGGCGACGACGGCUUCAUGCGGCUCUGCUCAGAGGAAACGAACCAGGCUUCAGAGGCCUGAAGGAGACGCAUCAACACUGAGGAGGAGGAGAGCAUGAGGAGAUGAAUGGAGUGAAGGAGGAGCCUGAGGAAACAGGAAAGGACUGUCAGCAGCUCCCUGCUAAAGGAGCGGGCGUCGUUCCAGGUCUCUCUGUACCAGAUCAACCGGCUUCAGACAGCGCUCACCGGUCAAAGCGCUGCCACCGCUGCUCGGUAUGUGGCCGGGAGUUUUCGCGUCCCUCCCGCCUGGUCGAUCACAUGACGGCCCACACCGGCGAGAAGCCGUACAGCUGCUCGCUGUGCGGCAAACGCUUCACAAAGAAGAUAAAUGUGGCGGUCCACCAGCGGGUUCACACCGGAGAGAAGCCGUAUUCCUGCCCCGACUGUGGCAUCAGCUACGCCCAGCUCAGCUGCCUGCGGCGUCACCGCCUCGGGCACGCCGCAGAGAAACCCCACUGCUGCUCGGUGUGCGGAAGAGGAUUCGUCCAGCGGCGCCACCUCGUCCAGCACGAGCGCACUCACACCGGAGAGAGGCCGUUCCUCUGCUCGCUGUGCCCCAAGAGCUUUGCCUCCAGGACGGGGCUCGUUGACCACCAGAAAACCCACACUGGCCAAAACCUGUACUCCUGCUCCAUCUGUGAGAAGGUUUUCUCCACGGCGUCGUCCUUCAGGGAUCACGUGAGGCUGCACACGGGGCAGCAGCCACACCGCUGCUCGCUGUGCGGCAAGAGCUUCAACAGGCCGGGCCUGCUGAGGAAACACCUGCAGAAGCACGCCGAGCAGAUCCAGGUGGUCAAAGUCGAAGGUGCUCACGGAGAGGGGGAGAUGAAUCUUCACUGCUUCCUGUGUCAGAAGGACUUCUCAUCUGUGGAGAAGCUGCUGCAGCACCGGGAGCUCCACCAGAGGGCGCAGCAGUUCACCUGCGGCGUCUGUGGCCGAGAGUUUGGCCGAGCGUCGCGGCUGAAGGAGCACAUGCGCUCUCACACCGGAGAGAGGCCGUACCAGUGCGACAUCUGCAUGAAGCGCUUCUCCGUGCUCAGAGUGCUGAGGAAGCAUCAGGAGAUCCACAGCAGGGAGGAGUGCAGCGCCGCCACCGCUGACGACCACUCACAGUCUUCGGACCAGCCGAAACCGAGUGAAUCGCUCAGCGGGAUGAAGCUGGAGAACGGGAACAUCGCGAACGCAGACGGAGACUCGGCGACCGAUAAAACCUUUCCUCGACGUCGGUCUGGAUGUUGGCCUCCUCCUGCGUUUCCUACAGCAGGCAGAUUAGCUGGCGGGAGCACCGAUACUGCGAAGGGAAGCUCCUCCCACGGCUGCCUCAGCUGUGGGAGGAGCUUCCCGGGGAUGUCGGCGCUCUUGGAGCACGCCAAGGUCCAUGACUCGGAGAAGCCACACCGCUGCCCGGUAUGCGCCAAGAUCCUCAGCAGCGCGGCCACCCUGCGAGUGCACAGGAAGACCCACAUGGCCGACAAGCCGCACGCCUGCAGCAUCUGCCCGCGGAGCUUCCUGAAGCCCUGCCUGCUGCGCCAGCACAUGAGGACACACAUCAGGGAUGGGCUCAUCGCCAACCCCGCCGACAAGGUGUUCUGGUUCAACAUGAAGAUCGAGAGCGGGAAGGUGGAGGUGGGGAUGAAGAAGAAGAAGAAGGAGGUGGAUGAAGGUGUGAAUGAGCAGACCUCCGCAGGUGUUUUCACCAGAGUCGAGUCCUCUGUCAUCAAACUCCGCCCCACCGAGGGGCGGGGCAAGAGUGAGGAGCGUAAAGAGCCAGACGUAAGCGGACUGAUAAACUCUGAUGGUGAGGAAGAGGACUGGAGGCCAGCGCCCGGCAACCCUGACGGACCCACAGACCCUGACGGACCCACAGACCCUGAUGUACCUUUACACCCUGAUGGAUUCUUAGAUUGCGAUGGGCCCACAAGUCCUCGCGGACCCCCGAACCCACAGGCUGACAGCGGGGCUGAUGGGAAAUCGCGGCACUGCUGCCCCGUCUGUGGGCGUGACUGCUUCAAAGCGUCGGCGCUGCAGAAGCACCUGCGGAUCCACUCGGGUGAGCGUCCCUUUCAGUGCCCCACCUGCAGGAAGAGCUUCAUCCAGCACGUCCACAUGACGGAGCACCAGAGGAUCCACACGGGAGAGAGACCCUACACCUGCAGCAUCUGCAGCAAGAGCUUCACCUUCUCCAGCGCGCUGCGCAGGCACCAGCGUCUGCACACCGACGCCCGGCCGUACCAGUGCCCCGUCUGCCCCAAGACCUUCAAGCAGCGCAGCUCGCUCAAAGAGCACCAGCUGACGCACUCGGGCGUCCGCUACCAGUGCCCACUGUGCAGCAAGAGCUUCAGCCGCGCCCUCGAGCUCACCUACCACGUGGACGUGCACUCGGAGGCUCGGCCGUACUUCUGCGACAUCUGCCAGAAGAACCUGAGCGGAGCCCGAGUCUUCAGGAAGCACAUGAAGAAGCACGAGCUGCAGCCAGCUGGGCUGAGGGAGGCCGGGACCUCCUCGACCAAUGAGAGUCUCUGAAAGAGGCGAGAGAGGGAGGCCCAUGCUGGGGAAACCAGUGUGGACAAAAGUCAGCGAGUAACCAGUGAAACCAGUGUGUGUUCAGCCUCAGAUAUUAGAAGGACUUCAGAGGACGCGCUCGGUUAAAUCUGCCUUAAAGGAAAGUUCUGAGAUGCUGUUAGCCCCGCCUCAGCUCACGCCACUUGCUUUCGUGGACACGGUGCGGAAACAGGAAGGAGCAUGAGCUUUCAGACUGUAUGCUAAGCUAGGCUAACAGCAUCCCAAAGUAACAGAACGAAUCUCCGCCUCCAAACGAGCCGCAGCUCCACGAUCCGGCCGGCUGAUUGGACCACACUGACCCUUUAACCAAAGUGCUUUUGGUGCCUGAACCACAGACACGUGUCCGGAUGUGAACCCUGAACUUGGCCGACAGCUCCUCGUUCUCCUAAAGGUCACGUUUCAAACGAGACGCGUGGUCACGAAGGGUUUUUCAAAUUUUUAGUGCUUGAUGAAUAUUUGGUGCUACAGAUCAGCAGCCCUGGUUCUGAUUUCAUUUCUGUAGAGGUAAAACAGCUAAUAUGUGAAGGUCAAAGGUCAGCCACACAGAGGCCUUUGUGCUGUUGCAGAGUUGGUGAAUUCACCCGAGUCUAACCUAAAAAACUGUCCUUGGUCCAGUUUGUACACCAGGCAUUAAUGAAGUCACCACUUCAUUAAUGCCUCACCUUCACCUGAACCUCGAGUUUGUUUCCGCAGCUCGAGCCGCCACGUGUUCCUGCAGAGCCACAGAUUACGUGGAAGCCCGCCUCCACCACGAUCAGAAAACACUAAAAUACGAGGAAUGAAGUUCAAACAUCGCACAGAAGGAUUGACGAGUGCUGAACGCUCCAACACUUCAUUGCAUCCUGAGGGAAAAUCUGUGGAAAUAUGUCAGUGACAGAAAUAUUCCCGUCACUGUUUUUACAGUAGAAACAUUUCAAAACACAGAAACAACACGACUGAUAUUUUCCUACCAACAGGUGGCAGUACCCCUCUAUGAACUGAAGCUUUAUAUUUACACUCACUGCCCACUUUAUUAGGUACAGCUGCUGAGUUAACAGAGUGAAAAGGAGAAAAUAUGGAGUGAGCAGCAGAUCUCUGGGAGAAAAUGCUUUGUUGGUGCCACAGAUCAGAGGAGAAUGACCUUAGAACUUAUAUAACUCACUAGAACAAAGAUAUGCAGAAGAGCAUCUCUGAACACAUCACACCUGAAGCAGAUGGGCAACAGCAGCAGAUCAAUAUCAGCCACAACAUCCAGGAUCUCUCUGUCGGGGGGCGGGAUGGUUUCUUGGCACGUCCGUGACAAGUUCACGGCCCUCCAAUGGCCUCCACAGUUACCACAUGUCAUGGAUGCAGUCGACAAAUCUGCAGUAACUCUGUGAUGAUGUCACUCCAACACGGACCAGAGUGUCUGAGGAAUGCUUCCAGAACCUCGUCCAAUCUGAGCCAUGAAGAGUUAAAGCUCUGAGGGAGGAAACGGGGUCCAACCCUGUACUGGCAAGGUGUACCUAAUAAAGUGGCUGAUGAGUGUGAUUUAUCUUCUCUUGUUACAGCAGCUCAAGUUAAAUACAACAACAUGUAACUGGGAGCUUAAAUAAGUUGGAUUAUGAGAAUAUGUCCAUAAAUGAAACUGAAAUCUCCGCCAGGUGAGAAUACCUGUGAGAGUUUGUA